CACCAAGCCCUCGAAACGUCAAACGCACAAUAAAAUCCCCAAGUCAUUAGUUCAUAAUCACCAAAAAAAUAUCGUUUUUGUUUACAUUUAAGGCCAUUAAAUCGGGAAAAAAUGGGUAUAGCUGACUGUUUUGAAAAUAUAAAUAUUCCGCCGUGUAUUUGGUUCGAAGGGGGUGAUAGGCGAAAUGCGUACGCUUCAAUGAUCUCGGGGUUUUUGUUUUUCGUAGGCUGGUGGAUAAUAAUCGAUGCCGCAAGUGUAUACCCAGGGACUGUCCUAGCAGGAUACCACAUGUGUGGGGUCGUGGGGGCCGUGUCUUUGAUAAUGAUCAAUUCCGUUUCAAACGCCCAAAUGAGGGGCGACGCUUAUGAGGGGGGCUGUUUGGGCCCCCGAGGCGCCAAAGUGUGGCUUUUUGUCGGUUUUGUAAUGGGUUUUGCAUCUGUGAUUGCCUCUUGUGGAAUAUUAUUUGCUGAUUUCGUCAACAAGAAGGUGCCUCACUAUUGGCCGGGAGUCGCUAUAUUUUUGCAGAACGUGUUUAUUUUUAUCGCGUCACUCAUAUUCAAGUUUGGUAGAUCUGAAGACAUUUGGACAUAGAAAGUAAUUCACACUCAUACUUUUAUGUUGCAAAUUUUACCCUUCAUGAGCAUAACAAUUAAUUUUUUAUUAAGUGUAAAGUGUAAAAACUAGGUUGUAAUAUUGUGUAAUUUAUUAUUUGCUAAAUAAAUAAAACAUAAAUUAAAAA